CAUUUUAUCGAUAUUUCAAAUCAUUGCUCAUCUCUAAUAUAAAAUUUAAAAAAUAAAACCAGUAUCACAGGUUCAACGAUCUCAGAGAGAAUCGAGAACCAGAUACCUGCAGAUAUAAUCUCAGAUCGACCUCGCCUCUGCCGACCAGUUGCUUGUAAAAGACGGUUAGAUGGUUUGGUUGUAAAUUUCGCACCCAUUGCAAUAAAAUUAAGGAUAUUUUGAUAAACAUUAUUUGUGUUAGUUAAAGUUAAUAUCUAUAGUUUUGAACUAAAAUAUCAACAUGUUCAAUUGUACAUCUUGUGUUAAAUCUUUUAAUCGUAAAGAUAAUCUAUUACGCCAUAUGAGGACUGCCUGUAGCAAGUCAAGUUUUUUCAACCGAUGGUUUGGAAAGUCUGCUGAAAAAAGGAGAGAUUUUUGUAAAAAAAUCGGGAAUCGCAUGACAAAAUAUCGAUUUUCUGCAGAAUCGAUUUAAAUCGAACAUCCAUAGUCAAGAACCUACUAUAAAAGAACUUGCUUUUACCGCAGACUGCAACAAUAUUUCAAACGUGCAAGGUGUGUUUGACUUUGUUUCCAACUGUUUACAGAAUUAAAUUGAAAGAUGUUCACAUGUACAUCUUGUCAAAAAUCCUUUACUCGUAAAGACAACCUAUCUCACCACUUAAAGAAUACGUGCAAGAAGUCUUCUUUUCUAAACCGUUUUUUGGGUAGGUCAGCAGCUGAAGAAAAAAGUAAGACAUUCCCAUUGUAUAAUUUUAUAAACUAACAAAAUAAUUUCAUUUAUAGAAAAAUAUUGUUCAGAAUGUAAAGAACAUAUUUUACAAAAUUUGUGGGUUGGUCAUCUGCAUUCAAACAGUCACAAAAACAACUGUAAAACGUUGGAGGAAAAAGGAAUUCAAGUAAUAAAAUCAGCUUUCAAGGAAAGGAUAAUAUCAUACAGAUUAUCUACCGAAGAAAAUAUUUUAAAUGUUAAAAACUAUUUUAAAAUAUUAGAACAAAAGAUUCUACGGGUGUUUGACAAUCAAUUGAAAAAACAUACUUGUAUUAAAAUCAAUAUAGAACUUUUUGGAUAUUACUAUAAUCCAAGUACUGAUAAUCAUGAUGUCAAAUCGUUCAACACUCCAUUUAAAGUAAUUUGUAACAGCAGUGCAACAAAGGAUUUGAUAGAAGAAUUUGCAACAAUUAUUGACAACAAGGCUGAUGAAUUCGCAGAAAGGGACUCUGGAUGGAUUUUACUAAAUCUUCUUUUUAUGGAAAUUAACAUCAACAAAUUCAAUCCUUUGAGAGCAUCAUCUUUUAUUUAACUUCCUCCUAAAAUAGUACGACGUCAAUAGUACGACGUCAACAUAAGAAAUAAGGAUGACUACUGCUUCGCAUGGUCCGUAGUUGCAGCCCUUCAUCCUCCAACAGGUGUUGAUUUUCAAACAUCAUCAUACCCACACUAUUCAACAGUUUUGAACACUACAGGUAUUGAUUUUCCAAUAUCAUUAAAAGAUAUUAAAAAUUUUGAAAAUCAAAACAAUAUUUCUAUCAAUGUGUACGGUUUAGAAAAAUAUUGUAAUAAAAUUUCUAAUAAUGAAGAAUAUGAAAAAAUAAUUGGUCCUCUACAUUUUUCUAGUGAUAGAAAAAAUAUUCAUGUUAAUUUAUUAUUAAUAAAUGAUGAUGAUGAAAAUUUUCAUUAUUGCUACAUUUCCGAUCUUUCUAAAUUAAUUUCUAAACAACUUAGUAAACAUAAUGGAAGAAAAUAUUUGUGUGAAGGAUGUCUUCAAUACUUUGACACAGAACAAAAAUUACAGUAACAUAAUAGUUAUGAUUGUGAUCAUGUUAGAAUUAAUUUACCUUCUAAAGAAUUAUUUAAAGACAAAUAUGGAAAUGUAGCAUAUGAAAACACAUUAAAAUAUGUUAAUUAUCGAAAGCAAAUGAAAGUUCCUUUUAUAGUAUAUGCAGAUUUUGAAUGUAUUUUAAAACCUUUGAAUGAGAAUUAUGAUGUAGAAAAUCCAAAUAAUUCAUAUACAUUAAAAAAAUUUAAACAUAUUCCAUACUCUUUUGCGUAUUACAUCAAAUGUUCAUUUGAUGAUAAAUAUUCUAAGUUUGAAAAAUAUAGAGGUUUCAUGCAUAACACGGAAAUCAGAGACAAACAAUCCUUUUCUAUCAAAUUUUGAUGCAACAAAACCUAAUAAAUAUAUAAUGUACUAUGAUGCAACAAAUUUAUACGGUUUUGCUAUGUCCCAAUAUCUGCCAACAGGUGAUUUUGUAUGGUUAACCGAAAAAGAAAUAAAAAAUCUAGAUAUUUUUUCAAUUUCUAGUACAUCUAGCAAAGGACAUGUUCUAGAGGUUGAUCUGGAAUAUCCUGAAAGUCUCCACGACACUCAUAAUGAUUUUCCUUUUUGCCCUGAAAAUUAUAAACCACCUAAUUCAAAAUCUACAAAAUUAAUACCAAAUUUAAACAAUAAGUUAAAAUAUGUAAUUCAUUACCAAUUGUUAAAACAAUGUCUACAAAAUGGACUUAAGAUUUCUAAAAUUCAUAGAGUAAUACAAUUUUCACAAUCUGCUUGGUUAAAAAAAUUUAUAGACUUAAAUACCACACUACGAAAUCAAUCGAAAAAUGAAUUUGAUCGCCACACAUACAAAUUAGCAAACAAUAGUAUAUACGGCAAAACAAUGGAAAAUGUGGAUAGGAGAGUCGAUGUAAGACUUGUUACCGAAUGGGAAAAAAAUAAAAGAACAGAUGGAGCUGAAAAUUUGUUAGCAAAGCCAUAUUUCAAGGACUUAACAAUUUUCUCAGAAAACUUGGCUAUUCAAAUGAAAAAAAUACUAGUUACUUAUAAUAAACCAAUAUACGUUGGAUUUUGUAUUUUAGACAUAUCAAAAACUGUCAUGUACGAUUUUUUUUAUAAUUUUUUAAAACCUUUGUAUAAAGAUAAUGUGUCUCUUUUGUAUACUGAUACAGAUUCUUUUAUUCUGGAAGUGACAACAGAAAAUGUUUACCAUGAUAUGCAUAGAAAUAUUCAUAAAUUUGACACUUAUUUGCCAAAUAAUAAUCAUAAUAUGCUUAUAGCACAAUCAGUGGUUGGUAAAUUUAAGGAUAAAUAUGCUAGUGAACCCAUUGUAGCUUUCUAUGGUAUCGGAAGUAGAUAAGCAACUUAUGUUCGAGCUCAAAAUCCUAUGCUUUUUCUUAUGAAGGACCAUUCUGUCCUUUUUGUACCCAAAGUGGUGGGUGUAAAUUCUCUUUGUCUGUCAGUCUGUCUGUCACUACCUGUCUGUCUCAGCUGUCUAUCUACUACCUGUCUGUCUGUCUGUCUGUCUGUCUGUCUACUCCGAAAAUGGUUUAUUAAAGAAAGCUAAAGGUAUAAGAAAACAUGCUACUAAAAAUCAGUUGCAUUUUAUCCACUAUAAAGAUGUAGUAGAAAAUAAUUCUAAAAUUUUUUGCUCCAUGUAUGUUUUUCGUUCUAGACUACAUUCAAUAUUUACUGAAUUAAUACAUAAAAUUGCUUUGAAUUCUGAAGAUAAUAAAAGAUAUCAAAUUCCACAUGAUUUUAAAACACUUGCUUGGGGUCAUCAUGAUAUUUCAUUUUACCAGUGGAAUGAUUAUCAUCCAGACCUCAGCAUAUUUUUUAAAUAAUAUUUAAUUUAAUAUUAUUUCUUUAAUUUAAACAUUUAAACAUUUAAUAUGAUUCACUCUGAUUGUAUUUAGAUCCAUUUAAAAAAAAAUAUUUACCUGUAAACAGUUGAAAACAAAGUCAAACACAAAAGCACAAAUCUGGUCACACGAACACCUUACACGUUUGAAAUAUCGUUGCAGUCUAAUAUAUAUUUAUUAAUAUUAAUUUAUUAUUCCUUUAGAACUUAUCAUAAUGUAUACAUAUUAGUUAUAGAGUUAGAGGAACAAUUAUAUUUUAUGUAUUUUAGUUUUAUAUGUUAAAUGGAAUUUAGAAUGUAGUAACUAAUUUAAUUAUUUUAUAUGUUAGAUUAAUUCUGAUUUUAGUUGUUGUAAUUUUAAUUAAUAAUAUACUUUUAUAUGGAUAAUGCAUUUUUAAUGAAAAAUAUACCUACUUAAAGAAUACGCCUUUGACAAUAUUUCAUUCCUUAUUAACAUUUCUUAAGAUGUGUUUGGAAAGUUUUGAUAAAGAUAUUGAUGAUGUUACUUAUAAAACCUAUGAAAAUCGACUUUCUACUUUUAAAAACUGGAAUGGAAAAUUGGAACCUGAGGUAUUAGCAGGAGCAGGCUUUUAUUAUAUUUCAUAUAGUGACGUAUGCAAAUGUUACUAUUGUGGAACUGAAAUUUAUGAGUGGACCUAUGAUGACUGUCCUAUCGAAGAACAUCACAAAAUUUCUCCAUUAUGUAAUUUAAACGAAUGUUUAUGGUUAAGUCAAAACAAAAAAAAUAAGAAACAA